UGCCGAUUGGCGGAGGGCGCUGCGUUUCCGGUGGGAGCGAUUGCUGAGGCAGAGAAAGAAGGAGGCGGCGGCGACAGAGGAGGAGGAGGAGGCCUACGAAUCGGGGCAAGAGCGGGGCCGAGGCAAGGCCCAGGCGCGGAGCUCGCGUAGUGAUACUGGGAUCAACACCCUCUCCUGUAAAUUCUGUGCAUACCUGUAGUUGUUGCUGUUAGCUGCAUCUCACAAACCAACGAUGGCCACUUCUGGCAACAGUGAGGAGGACCGUAGCCUCCGUGAAUGUGAACAGUAUGUCCAAAAACACAACAUCCAGCAACUCCUGAAGGAUUGCAUCGUCCAGCUAUGUACAGUGCGCCCUGAGAGACCCAUGGUUUUCCUCCGGGAACAUUUUGAAAAACUGGAGAAGGAAGAAACAAAACAGUUUUUAACUCAGCAGAAGUCUCGUACAGACUCGCGUGAAGAUGAGAUUUCUCCACCUCCACCCAUGAACCCAGUGGUAAAGGGCCGCAGAAGGCGUGGCGCCAUCAGUGCAGAGGUUUACACAGAAGAGGAUGCAGCCUCUUAUGUUAGAAAGGUUAUUCCAAAAGAUUAUAAAACGAUGGCUGCUUUAGCAAAAGCCAUAGAGAAGAAUGUGCUCUUCGCUCACCUUGAUGACAACGAAAGAAGUGAUAUAUUUGAUGCUAUGUUCCCAGUGACCUAUAUUGCUGGUGAGACUGUGAUACAGCAAGGUGAUGAAGGAGACAACUUCUAUGUUAUCGAUCAAGGAGAAAUGGAUGUUUAUGUCAACAAUGAAUGGGCCACUAGUGUUGGCGAAGGAGGCAGCUUUGGGGAGCUUGCACUGAUCUAUGGAACGCCUCGAGCAGCAACUGUCAAAGCAAAAACUAAUGUGAAGCUGUGGGGCAUUGAUAGAGAUAGCUACAGAAGAAUUCUUAUGGGUAGUACAUUGAGAAAGAGAAAGAUGUAUGAAGAAUUCCUCAGCAAAGUGUCAAUACUUGAAUCUCUUGACAAAUGGGAGCGUCUCACAGUAGCUGAUGCUUUAGAGCCAGUCCAAUUUGAAGAUGGACAAAAGAUUGUGGUGCAGGGAGAGCCAGGAGACGAGUUCUUCAUCAUACUAGAAGGCACAGCUGCUGUGUUACAGCGCAGGUCGGAGCAUGAAGAAUUUGUUGAAGUGGGCAGGCUUGCACCAUCUGACUACUUUGGUGAAAUAGCUCUGUUGAUGAACCGUCCCCGUGCGGCCACCGUUGUUGCUCGUGGCCCUUUGAAAUGUGUGAAGCUCGACCGGCCCCGCUUUGAACGUGUUUUGGGCCCGUGCUCAGAUAUCCUCAAGAGGAACAUCCAGCAGUACAACAGCUUCGUCUCUCUGUCUGUCUGAAGCCUCCCUCCUUCUCAGAUACACGCUUCACAAAUGCAGACUGCUUCAUUACUCUUGUGCAAAGCCACACGGCCACUGGCUAUUGCUGCUUCCUGUCUGUCUGAGGGAGGAAAUCAGAGAAACCAGUUGCUUUUCUUGGCACCCUUUUAAAAUUUUAGAGCAUUAUUUUGGUGCUCCCAAUCCCAUUUAAAAUAAAUAGAAAAUUGUACGGAGACAUUUGCUGUUACUGCUUUUCUCUGUGCAAUGUACACUGUCCAAACCGGCCAGUGACUGCCAUUCCUUUUGCUGGGAAAGUCUCCCAGCACCAAGGUUAUUGCCAUAGAGUCAAGGAUGUAACAGUGGAAAAUUAUUAGGAGGCACACGUUUCUCAGCUUGUGAGACCUGUGUGUCCUUUAAGUUGUGAUCACUUUCUACUGUACUACUCUUAGACAGAGAAACUUACCUUUUUAGCUCAAUUUCUUGGCAUAAAUAUUUCUGGAUCUGGGUUAUUUUUGGCUUGAGUUAUUGAGAUCAGCUCCUUGCAAAGCCACAGUUUGAAGUUUCAUAAUUGGUGUACCUGUAUCCAUUUCAGUUGGUUCAAGCUGGCUUGGUUAUUUGUCGAGUUUUUUGUGUACAGGCUUUUGUUCUGGCAGCUGUUGCCUGUGUUGCUGAUUUCUGGCGCAGCAAACCUUUUUUUGCCUGUUCUCUGUUGUGAAUAUUCAUACUUGCCCCCUCCCAGUUCUCUUUCUGUGCAGAUACCCAAAAGCCCAACCACUGGGUUAAAUCCAUGAAUAUUGCUGUUGGUGUUCAUACUGGUAUAAGAAUUGCCCUGCUCCUUAGCUAGUGCCAAAUAGAAACAUCUCACACGCUGUAUGUGGAACAGGAAACUGAAGGGUACAUUCUCUGUGUCCAGUGUGCUGCCUUUCCUUUCCAAGCGUUGCUUUCCCUGUUAAUUUUGGAGCCAGAGAAUUCUAUUUCCAUAGCUGACAUUCAAAGGAGGAUAGAAUAUACAAUCCUGUAUAUUUAGGAAGGUAACAUGACUCUCGCUCAUGUGAAAGACAGGAAGGAGAAAAUUGGUGUGCUGCUUCCUGCCAAUCCUUUCUUUCCAAUAACCUCUUUUAUCCAAGCAGAAGUUCUUCUUACUUCUUAGCCUUCAAAAACAAACACCUUAAUCUGACAAAACACACCAAACACUGUUUCUGUCCAGAUUUUCGUAUUAGUCUGGCAGAAUAAUUAUUUUUUGAAAGUUUAACCCUGUUGACAAGUCUGAAAUGUGUUUCAGUAUUUUCCAAGUUCUGUGUGUCCCCAAACUUGUCCAUUACUGUUACGGAGUUUCUCAGUUUGAUGAAGUAGGCAAAUCUGUUUCAUUAUAACUUAUACAUUAUCUAAAAUUAGUAUAGGGAGUGACAGCAGGUAUUUUGCAUUAGUCAUGCAGUUAUUUCUUCUGAAUCCCACCUAGCCUCUUUUUCUUCCUCCUCUCCCUGGCAACAAUUGGACCUAGUCUAUACCUUUCUGGCCUGUUCACCACUGGAAGAGUGUUUGCUGAUCAUAUUUAGAGUCAAAGAAAGAGCAGCCUUAGUAUAAAAAGGAAACUGUGGGGAGCUAUCAGUAUGACCACAUUUCUGCAUAUGGAUUAAAUGUAAAAUAUAUAUUGUUCAUUCUCAAGAACUUGGUGAGGUUAGAAUAUCUGCCUGUACUCUUCAGGAGUCCAUCAAUGCCAUUGCUUUCUUUAAAACUUUGUUCAGUUUUAAUCUAUCCAGGGAUUCCCCCCCCCCCCCCAAUAUCUUUGUUACUUUUGAAGCUUGAUUUGAUCCUUGUUGAAGCACCAAAAAGAUUUUAAAUCUUAUGUAAGCUAGUUAGAGCGCCACAAAAAUGCACAUUUUUUUAUAUAAGGCUUUCUAAUCAAGUUUCACUACUGCGUCUUUUUAGCUUGCUGUUUACUCCCUUUUGUAGUUUUACCAACAAGAUUUUAAGAUGAACCAGCUAUGUCUGAGUUAAAUAUUAAUCACAGUUAAAGCUUUACCUUUGUGUGCAAUUUAAACAUGUUUGAAUCCACAGUUGGUAUAGUUUGCCUUAGCUAACAUUCAAGGCUUUGGGAGUUAUCUUUUUUUUUCUUUGCUAGGUCACCUUAGCAAAUUAAAAAAAAAUCCACUGCCCUUGAGUGCUAUAGUAAACCAGAGGACCAUUUUUGUAUUGUUACUGGACUAUUAGUCUGACUUACUGUGUAUGCUAAUAUAUUCCUUUUGUUAUAGAUUGUCCUAAUGGCAGGUAAAGCAAUAAAAUGAUUUAAAUUCUUAAA